GUGGCAGGGGAUGGGAAUGGGGCAGGAGAUGGGGUGGUGUUGGUGUUGGUGGGGGGUGGCCAUGCGCAUGCGUUGGUGCUCGACGAGUGGACCCGCAACGAUAUGGUGCCCGAGGGCGUGCGGGUGGUGCUGGUAUCAGACGGGCCAACGGCAUGGUACUCGGGCAUGAUGCCCGGCGCGGUGGCCGGCAUGUACCAGCCGGAGGAGACCCAGAUGGAGCUGGCCGAGCUGGCGGCGGCGGCCAGGGCAGAGUUUGUGUGUGAGGCCGUGGUCGACACGGUUGUGUAUGCUCCAGCCGAGGUGGGCGACGACGGCAAGACCGGCCACUUGGUGCUGGCGAGCGGGGCCACGCUCGGCUUCCACGUUGUUUCGUUUGACGUCGGCUCGACCACUCGCGGGGCAGAGACCGUGCCCGGCGUGGCCGACUACGCCAUCGCCACCCGCCCCAUUUACGAGCUGCUCGGAAAGCUCAAGGACGCCGAGCAGGCGCUCGGCGACGGGCGCGGGCGCGAUGCCCCGCUGCGGGUCGUCGUCGUGGGCGGCGGCGCUGCAGGCAUCGAGCUCGCGGCCUCGUACCGCGAACGGGUGGUGCGGAGCGGGCGGGCGGCACCCGAGGUGACGCUAAUCACGCCUGACCCGAUCCUGCACCAGGCCGCCGGCGACAAGGCGGCGGCCGCGGUGGACGCCGCGCUUGCGGCCCGCGGCAUCACCAUCGUCACGUCGACAGUCGUCAGCGAGGUGGAGGCCGGGCGGGUAGUGGGCGAGCGGCGCGAGGGCGACUCGGGAUCGAGCCUGGCGUUUGAGGCGGCGUACGACGUGGUGCUGUGGGCAACCGGCGCCGCACCACAACCGCUGAUGGCGACAAUGGCCGAGAGCAACGGGGAGCGGCUCCAGUUUUCGGACCGUGGAUACUUGGCGGUCGGGUCACAGCUGUGUGUGGCCGGUGCCGAGUUUGUAUUUGGCGCUGGCGACACGGUGAGCCUCACGUCGGCGCCGUGGGUGCCCAAGGCUGGGGUGUAUGCGGUACGCGAGGCGCCGGUCCUUGCGCACAACCUGCUCGCGUUUGUGACUGCCAACCGCGGGCGACUGAUCGGCGGCGCGCGGAACGAACCGUGGCACACCCACUCGCUCACCGAGUACCAGCCGCAGGAAGGCUUCCUCUCGCUGCUCGCGAUGGGCGACGGCAGCGCGGUCGGGGUGUGGAAGGGCAUGACGUUUGCGGGCUCGUGGGUGUGGCGUCUCAAAAACCACAUCGAUCGCAAGUUCAUGAACAAGUUCCCACCGCCGGACCGGCCGGCCAGCAGCAGCGCAAGCGGGGGGGCGGCGGGAGCUCGUCGUGUGCCAUCCAGUAAACGCGAGACGCUUAGCCACUUGGCGUGA